CCGCCGACGGGGUCUCCCCGCUGAGCUCUGGGUCCGUUGGCCAGCUGGAGUGGAGCGAUUUGGGGAUCCUCGAGGGACGUAAUGUUUACGAGAAGAAGAGAAGCAAGAAGACAGCGAGACGCUGCAACUCGAAAGAGAGUGUGAAUGACAGAGGUGGUGCCGCCCAGCGCCCUCAGCGAGGUCAGCCUGCGCCUGCUCUGCCAUGAUGACAUAGACACCGUGAAGCACCUGUGCGGAGACUGGUUCCCCAUCGAGUACCCAGACUCCUGGUACCGUGACAUCACAUCCAACAAGAAGUUCUUUUCCCUCGCUGCAACCUACAGAGGUGCCAUUGUGGGGAUGAUAGUAGCUGAGAUUAAGAGCAGGACCAAGGUGCAUAAAGAGGAUGGGGACAUUCUUGCCUCCAGCUUCUCUGUUGAUACACAGGUCGCAUACAUCCUAAGUCUGGGAGUGGUGAAAGAGUUCAGAAAGCAUGGCAUCGGGUCCCUGUUACUUGAGAGUUUGAAGGAUCACAUAUCCACCACUGCCCAGGACCACUGCAAAGCUAUCUACCUGCACGUGCUCACCACCAACAACACGGCCAUCACCUUCUACGAGAACAGAGACUUUAAGCAGCAUCAUUACCUCCCCUACUACUACUCCAUCCGGGGGGUCCUCAAAGAUGGCUUCACCUACGUGCUCUACAUCAACGGCGGCCACCCUCCGUGGACGAUCUUGGACUACAUCCAGCACCUGGGCUCUGCGCUAGCCAACCUGAGCCCCUGCUCCAUCCCACACAGGAUCUACCGCCAGGCCCACAGCUUGCUCUGCAGCUUCCUGCCAUGGUCCAGCAUCUCCACCAAAGGUGGCAUCGAGUACAGCCGGACCAUGUGAGGCCAGCCGGGCAGCCUCCGCCAGGCCCUGCCCGACACCCCGCAGGGCCUGACUUCCCCUCUGCCUGACUCUGCUCCUCUGUGAGGAGUUGGCGGCCAGCUGCAGACCCGGUGCUACAUGGGCUCGAAAGCAGAGUGUCGUGGGCAUGCCCAGAGUGUACCCACCUCCUGCAGGUACAUGGCAGGGCAGGGAUGCCUGCCACUUGCAGCCAGCAGUCCCCAGCCUUCCAGCACCAGGGACUGGCCUCCUGGAAGACAGUCUGUCCAGAGACAGGCAGGUUGGUCCCGGGAUGACCCAAGCACACUUCAUCCACCAUGCACCCCACUACCACAUCGCAGUACGUGGCCAGACAGUCAUGCGAUAGGGCUCGCGCUCCUGUGAGGCUCCGGUACCACCGUGGUCUGCCAGGAGGUGGCGGCAGUGUGCACGAUGGGGAGCAGCUGCAAAGAGACGAAGCCUUGCUCAUUCACUGGCCACCUCCCACCUCCAUUAUGUGGCUCCUGCAGGCUGGGAGGCAGCAGGCCGUGGACCAGCACCAUCUAGCAAGCCAGGGAUCAAGGCCAGGGCAGCCCUUGACCAGCUCAGGAAUGUCGCCAAGAAGAGACACCUCAAGCCCCUAGCCAGAGUUUUGUCCACUCCCUGAACUUCUGUGGAGACAGUUGUUAAGAUGACAGCCACGUAAUUCACAGUUGGAAAAGUUCAAAAGGUCAAGGCCCUCCUACCCUUGGUCAGUUGACUUUCCUUUGCAAGAGGGCUUCUAGAAACUCUUGACGUGAGCUGUAACACUAGCCCCGUUCCGGCUCAUCACACCGCAUUCGCAGAAUCCGAAGCUUCCUACAAACUUGGGCUCAUUGGGUGCCUCAGGGAUGCGAGUAUGGUGGCGAGUUGGUCUGCCAGGGCUCAGAGGACGUCAGAGCUGGACGGGGGCAUGGGCACUCCAGCGUCCACCACUAUAUGUACCAGCAUGGCCCAGGGCGCUUUGGCAGCUUAGGUCAGGCCCGCACGAGCCCUGUGGUUUUGUGGCUGCUGGCCGCAGGCCCACACUUGGAGCUGUCAGUACUUUAAUUGUGCUGGGAUUGAGGCGGCCGCUGGCAGAAACCACGGGCCAGACAGCUGGUGGGUGGGGUGUCGCAGCACCUUCACCUGCUCUGCUCUUCCCACAGGCGCUCUGGCUCCUUCCUACUUCUGGAAACCUCUGCCACUGCCCCAGUGGGCUCUGAGCCCCCACAUGCACAGCAGCACCCCACAGACCGGCCAGGCAGUGACCACAUCUACUGGGCGGGGCCCAGCCUACUUUGCUGCCCGUUCCUCCAGCUCCUGCCUGCAGAGUCAGUGUGACCUUCUGCUGUGAGGGAGGAACACAAGUGUUAGCGGCCACGCUUGACUCUGAAGACACAAGAGCCUCAGUGUGAGGGGGCCCAGUAAAGGGAGUUUCUGGCCCUCAUCCAGAACAGCCCGAAGAGGCCUGAGCCGGGGAGAGCAGCUCCUCCCCUCCAUGAGGGGCUGGCAAGGGGUGGGCAGAGCCGAGGAGGCGUCCCACGCCAGCACGGAGCUCUGGGGCUCCACUCCCUGACACAGGUGGUUCCCCUGCUCCAUGGUGGCGGCCUCUGUGUGCUUCCUCUUGUCCAGAGAGAUGGCUUGUGGUGAAUCACAGGAGUCUCCAGCUGACCUGCCUUGUGAGACGGGCUGACGGGUGACGUCGAGGUUUCCAGGUCCUGUCUACACCCUUCAUCUGCCCACCAGCUAGGCGGUGGGGAAGGAAACGGCUUGACAGCAGGCGUUGUGGCUGCUGCAGGGUUCGUGGAGCUGUCUGGGGUAGUCACAUCCCGUGGUCCCACAGCCUCUGAGGGCAGAGGCUGAGUUGGUGCUGAGUGGUGCUCGCAGCUGCAUCCAUCAUGAACUGGCACCCCCUUUGCCUGCGCCCCCCAGAAGCCACCUGCUGUCUGCUCUGUCAUUCAAAGCCUCUGCGGGAGGCAGAGCCCUGCCCGGCAUCACUGUGGUGCCACACUGCAGCAGCCUAAGGAAGAGGGACAGCCUGGCCAGUGGAGCCUUGGUGACCUGAGUCCUUCCCUCACUCAGGGAAGCUCUUGGGGCUGCCCAAGGUCUCCACCUGGCAUCAAAACAAGACACAGGGACUCUAGAAGGCCGGCCCCGGGCAGGAAGAGCACCCCCACUGGACAGUGCUGGCCGGCUGGGGCCUGGGGCACACUGACUGGCCCAAGCCUCUGCUGGCCCUGACUGUGCGCUGAGGCCCCAGCUGUUGCUCCUCGGAAUCAGUGGUGAUCAUGUGAUUUUCAUUUUUGUCCCAUGGUGAGGGAAGAGUUUUCUGGGAGGUUCUGCCUUGAACGUUGAUAACAACUCCGAGGCCAUGCCCUGCCCUUCCCUCCCAACUGCGCCAGGUACCACAGUGCCCACCUACUGCCCAGCAGAUCGUAGUGUUCUGUCUCAAAUAAACCGACUGUGGCCGCA